CCGAGUCCGUGCCGCCUCCCGCCCCAGGCCGAGGCGUCGAGCCACCGGCUACGCGGCCAUGUGGGGCUAGCCGGCGCCGCGCCCGGCCUGCAGCGCGCCCGGCAACAUGGAUGCGGUCGUCGGCGCCCCCAACGGCGGGGAGCAGGGCAGCGCGGGGCCCCGCGAGGACGCGACACCCAUGGACGCUUAUCUGCGGAGACUGGGCUUAUAUCGGAAACUGGUCGCCAAGGACGGGUCGUGCCUGUUCCGGGCCGUGGCGGAGCAGGUAUUGCAUUCUCAGUCUCGCCAUGUUGAAGUUAGAAUGGCCUGCAUUCACUAUCUCCGAGAGAACAGAGAGAAAUUUGAAGAGUUUAUAGAAGGUUCAUUUGAAGAAUAUUUAAAACGUUUGGAAAACCCACAGGAAUGGGUAGGACAAGUGGAAAUAAGUGCCCUUUCUCUUAUGUACAGGAAAGAUUUUGUAAUCUAUCAGGAACCAAAUGUUUCUCCUUCACAUGUCACUGAAAAUAAUUUUCCUGAAAAGGUGUUACUGUGUUUUUCCAAUGGAAAUCAUUAUGAUAUUGUCUAUCCCAUAAAGUAUAAAGAUAACUCUGCUAUGUGUCAGUCUCUCCUUUAUGAAUUGCUGUAUGAGAAGGUGUUUAAAACUGAUGUUAGUAAAAUCAUGAUGGGACUAGACCCCUCUGAAGCAGCUGAUGAAAACAACAGUGAAAUCUCAGAUUCAGAGGAUGACAGUAGCAAGGGUAAAACUACCACUGCCAAUGAUGUGAAUGGAUUUAAACCUUUGUCAGGCGAUGAGCAGCUGCAGAACAGUGGGAACUCUGCUAGCCUGUCCUUGUCUAGAAAGGUUCUUAAGUCACUCAACCCAGCAGUCUAUAGAAAUGUGGAAUAUGAAAUUUGGUUGAAGUCUAAGCAAGCUCAACAAAAACGUGAUUAUUCAAUUGCUGCUGAUUUACAAUAUGAAAUUGGAGAUAAAUGCCAAGCUAGAUUGGAUCACAAUGGGAAAUUUUCUAAUACAGACAGUCAAGGGGUUAGCCCUGAAAAUGGACCAGUUGUGGUUGAAGAACUGGGAAAAAAACAUGCAUCAAAGAACCUCAAACCACCUCCUCUAGAAAGCUGGAACACAGUGUCUGGAAAGAAGAUGAAAAAGCCUUCCACUUCUGGACAAAAUUUGCAUUCUGACACGGAUUAUAGAGGGCCAAAGAAUCCAAGCAAGCCAAUAAAAGCCCCAUCAGCACUACCUCCUCGACUGCAGCACCCUACGGGAGUAAGGCAACAUGCAUUCUUUAGUCAUUCUUCAGGGUCCCAGUCUCAAAAAUCUUCCAGUGAGCACAAAAACAUUAGCAGGACACCUUCACAAAUCAUAAGAAAACCUGACCGUGAGCGAGUUGAAGAUUUUGAUCACACGAGUCGAGAAACUCACUAUUUUGGCCUCUCUCCAGAAGAGCGCAGAGAGAAGCAAGCUAUAGAAGAAUCUCGUUUACUCUAUGAGAUUCAGAACAGAGAUGAACGGGCUUUCCCAGCGCUUUCUGUAUGUAUAAAAAGAGAUUUUAAAACAUUGAUACCUUAUUUUUAUUUUGAUCUGUUAGAAUCUACUCAUGGACAUACUCCCUUGGAUAAAAAACCUGAGCCAAGCAUAUCUGAGAGCAUUAAUGAUGAUAAAUGUGCAAGUGUUUCAUCACCGUCAAAGUCAAACAAAUUGGAAUGCCCGUCUCCUGAAGAUCAGAACCCAGCAGGUGUGUCUUUGUCGAAUCCAGCUCCCCUGAUAGUUCCUCCAGAGGUACAUCUAACUCCUGCGGUGCCUUCUUUACCAGCCACUGUGCCAGCUUGGCCGAGUGAACCUACAACUUUUGGACCAACAGGUGUCCCUGCUCAAAUUCCUGUUUUGUCAGUGACACAGACUCUGACCACUGGACCUGAUUCUUCUGUGUCCCAAGCUCAUCUAACAUCCUCUCCAGUUCCUGUGUCAAUACAGGCAGUUAACCAGCCCUUGAUGCCUUUGCCUCAGACAUUGAGCCUUUACCAGGACCCACUCUACCCUGGGUUUCCUUAUAAUGAGAAGGGAGACCGAGCCAUUGCACCAUCUUAUUCACUGUGUCAGACUGGGGAGGACCUGCCUAAAGAUAAGAACAUUCUUCGAUUCUUUUUCAAUCUCGGUGUGAAGGCAUAUAGUUGUCCCAUGUGGGCUCCACAUUCUUACUUGUACCCUUUGCACCAGGCCUACCUGGCAGCCUGCAGAAUGUACCCAAAGGUCCCUGUCCCUGUAUAUCCUCAUAACCCUUGGUUCCAAGAAGCUGCUUCUGCCCAGAAUGAAAGUGACUGUACCUGUACUGAUGCACACUUUCCUAUGCAGACUGAGACCAAUGUUAAUGGUCAAAUGCCACAGGGAGAAAUUGGGCCGCCAACGUUUUCUUCACCUCUGGUAAUCCCUCCAUCUCAGGUGUCUGAAAGUCAUGCACAGUUGUCUUACCAGGCUGAUCUUGAAUCUGAAAACCCUGGACAGCUUCUUCAUGCUGAGUAUGAUGAGUCACUAAGUGGCAAGAACAUGUAUCCGCAGCCGUCCUUUGGACCUAAUCCAUUCCUAGGCCCAGUUCCCAUCGCACCCCCCUUUUUCCCUCAUGUUUGGUAUGGGUAUCCUUUUCAGGGAUUUAUAGAAAAUCCUGUAAUGAGGCAGAAUAUUGUUCUGCCCUCUGAAGAGAAAGGUGAAUUGGAUCUGCCCUUGGAAAAUCUGGAUCUGUCUAAAGAAUGUGCUUCAGUCACAGCAGUAGAUGAGUUUUCAGAAUCUAGGUGUGAAGGUGCACAUUCUGUCCCUGACCCAAGUGUGAGCAGUAAGACGGAAGGCCGGGCGGAGCAGUCCUCACAAACACGAAAGGCAGAUCUUGCGCUUGCCUCUGCGUCUUCCGCCUCUGCCUCUCCUGGAGCAGAAGGAAAAGCUCCUCUUCCCACACAGAUUCUAAACAGAGAAAGAGAAACUGUAUCUGUUGAACUUGAGCCUAGGAGGACCAUUCAAAGUGUGAAAGAAAAACCAGAGAAAGCAAAAGAUCCUAAGACUGCUGCUGAUGUGGUCAGCCCUGGGGCCAACUCUGUGGAUAACAGAAUGCAAAGACCAAAAGAAGAGAGUUCUGAAGAUGAAAAUGAAGUGUCUAAUAUUCUGAGAAGUGGCAGAUCCAAGCAGUUCUAUAAUCAAACUUAUGGAGGCAGGAAGUACAAAAGUGACUGGGGCUAUUCCGGUAGGGGUGCGUAUCAACAUGUGCGAGGUGAGGAGUCCUGGAAAGGGCAGCCCAGCCGAAACCGAGAGGAAGGUUAUCAGUACCAUCGAAAUGUCAGAGGACGGCCAUAUAGAGGGGAUAGGAGGAGAUCAGGAAUGGGGGAUGGCCACAGGGGACAGCAUACUUGAUGAUGCUUAGUGCUUGGGUAUUUUAAAGCAGAAGCCCUUUAUUAAGGGAUUAUUUUUAAAGGCUUUAAAAAAAUACCUUAAAACAAAAACUCAACCUGGAUCUAUCCUCCCCACUGCUUUAACCCUCAUUCCCAUUGUGGAUGGGAUUUUGGACAUGAGUUUAAGGGGCAAGUGAAUUUCUGGUAUUGCCAUUUUUCUUCGUUCAAAAUCUGUUUCUUUGUCAGGUGACUGUCCCCAUGAAAAGUAGAAGUUGUUUGUUAAAUAUUUUUUAUAAACAGCUUAAUAUAAAUCAGAUUUAGUGUUUGGUUUUUUUCCUUGUAUAAGUUUGAUUUUCAAAUGUUGGAAAUGUGCUUUAUAGUGUUUACUAAAGUGACAAAAUAUACCAUUUGACACAGUAUAGAUUCCAAAACAUAACAUUGCACCAAAUAGAAAUGUAUAUUUUAUUAUGCAAUGCCUUAGUCAUAAACUGGGCUCAAACAAUUCUCAGCCUAAAACACUGUUGUCUUUUAAAAUGCUUCCAACCCAAAGGCCUUUCAUCUCAAUAUCUGUCAGACUUGAAUAAUGUCUUCUCUUUAAUAUUACACAUAAGGCAGCCUAUUAACCUGUGUCUUAGAAAUGUUGUAUAUAGUUCUUUUAAUAUUCAUAGGGUAUAUUUUUGAAUUUUGGUGAGUAUUUGUUGACCUUAAGGUUGCAAACAAGAAUAGAUGUUUAAGAAAUAGUAGGAAAUCCAGUGAAAUGGCUGUUUCCACCCAGAAUUCUUAGCACUGGUGUAAAUAUCAUGGUGCCUACUCGAAAGAAAUAUAGAUGCUAUGCAUUUUGAAAAUACUCUGCAUCUGUUAAAACUGCAGAAGUUUUUUAAUGCCACUUUAACACUAAUGCACUGACAGAUUCUAAAUAUUUUGUGAGAAGAAAUGUUAAUACUUUUUAGCUUGACUUGACAGGUUUCUAUAGAGUGACUUGUUUUUCUUGCACCAUUGGUUAUGUGUAUCACGUACAUUUGCAUGCUCAGAUUGUCAUGGCUGGAAUUAUUGUAAAAGAACGAGAUGAUGGUGACUUCUAGUUUGUGUCUAGAGGAUGCUGCUAGGAAAUGGUUUUGCUUUGCAGCUGAUCUUAGGGUUAUAUGUCUGCUCUUGUUUCUUUUGACUCUGCAGUAUUCACUAGAGUUUCUCUGCAUGUUGCACUCUUAUUUGGAGAUUGGACUCUUGAUUAACACAGUAUUUAUGUAUCUGUGUUACUUUGUAAAAAUAACUGUAACUUGUGUUUAUUUGUACAUACCAAUGUGAAAAUCUGUUCUUUAUGUUGAGAUUACCUUCUGAUCAGGAAGUUUUAGUGCUAUGCAAAUAAUGUAGUGAUUUUGCUUUGCAUGCCAUGUGUAAUAUAUGUAGCCAAAAACGUGUGGUGGCUUUUUUUUUUUUUAAGCCGAUUACUUUAAAACAAAUACACAAUUCACUUGAAUUUGACAAGCUGAAGCAGAUGAGUUUCCUGAUAACCUGUAGAAAUGUUUAGAUGUCAGCUAGGCUCAGUGAAUCCCCACUGUACUGUAAUAAUGGUUAUUUACCUCUGUGCUGUUUUAAUUACCUAAAGUCUGUGUAUCUGCUGAUUUGAGUAGUGAUUAGCAUUUAGAUAUUUUAUAACAUAGGAUUUUAGAGAGCACUUUGAAAGAUAACAUUUUAUUAUGAUGGUGCUAGCUAGGAAAAAUGUUAUAAAGAUUGGGAUGGUUAUCUGGAAAAGGAAAUUCUUGGGAGAAGGUGUUGGAAUUUCUCGUCACCUUAGGUAGAACAGUUGUUGAUGGUACUGUUUAUGCCAGGUUUUUCUUCAUGUCAGUGGCUGAAUUACUGAAUGAGAUGUUAAGUGGGUCCUUUAUUUUCAUCCUAUGCUUUUUCUUUUCAAUGUAGGAUUAGCUUACCUUAUAAUUUUAUUAUGAAAAUCACAUUUUGAAAUAAAUACCAGAUUUAUAAAAGUUCAACGUAAGUUUGAUCUCAGGAGUACAAAAGAAAUUGUGGUUUCCAGUGUUCUUCAUUUUAUUAACUGGGGUUUGAUCUGUUUCUAGCAGUGUUUGAAUUUGGAUAGGAAAGGAUAACGUUCUUCACUGUCAUUUUGUCUUACCUCAAUAAAGCAACACAAUACUCUUUAUUAUAGCUCCUGAGGGAAACUGAUUUGCUUCCUCUUUCCCGUCUCACCUCCAGAACAUGAUGGAAACAGUGCUGAAAGAGAAAUUUAGCAGAUGGUGGUACUUUACUUUGUGACCUCUGGAAUAAAAGAACUCUGAUAGUUUGGAAAUUAUUAGUUUUUGUGUGAAGGUCAGGUUUUUUUUUCCCCUUUAGCUUUGUUUUUAACUGUCCAGGGGAUUUUGCCUUAUGCUGAGGUCAAAACUAUGGCCAAGCAAGCUUUUGUCCUCUUUAGUAUUGUCAUUUUGUAUGUUGUUGUGAGAUGCAUUUCUGUAUAAGAAAAGCAGAACUGAGAAUCAUUUGUAUUUUGAUUUAGAAAUUAUGAAACUUCACUAGUAUGAUCAGACACAUUUUCAAGAACAAAUGCUUAGAUUGACCAAAGCUCACCUGUUUAGUUAGGUGCUUGAGUCCGGCCCCCAUUUCUUUUAGUAUUGUGUAUAUAUGUUCUUCAAGUUUGUUUUCUGUCAAAUACAUCUUCAGUUCUUGCCACAUGUGCUCCUUGAUAGGAUGCUAACACCUGUGUCAUCCUCAUGUUUCUCAGUAACCCGCAAGGCCAUUUUCACAGCAGACCUAAGCUCAGACCCUGUCUUCAUCUGAGAGGAGGUUUUCCCAAACCACAGUGCUGAGAUGCUUAUUUGAUGCAACUCUUAUUCUUUAAUGUGUUGUUUUGUGACUCAAGGGUGAACUAAAACGCCUGUGAACUGCAAACUUGCUUAUGAUUGAUGUGGUGCAAUAAAGUUCCUUUCUAACCAUUUUCUGGUUUAGAAAAUACUCAGCCAUCCUAUAAACUAGCAAUAUUUAUUUUUGCUCAUUUAUUUUACCUUCAGUUUUAGGUAAACUUUUUGUGUUUUCACGUAUGGGUACUACUAAGCAAAGUCCAUUCUUGUGUAGCUGAAGAGAAUGCAAAUUUGGCUACACUAUUUCUGUUUACUGUAUUUUGCUUCCUAUUUUGUCUAAAUGCUAUUGUUUUUGUUUUAAAAUCUUAAAAAUGAUUCACUUCCAGUAUGUUAACAUCAAAGAACUGAGGCUUUGCUACCAGUGUCAGCCAUUUACUCUCCCACUAAUAGGGAUUUUUUUAUAGAGAUUUUUCCCCCCAAGAUACAAGUUUUAGAAAAAUCUUAUAAGAGGGGUGGGUGCAUGUCUUAAUGCUGGGAAGCAGCAACUUUGGGGUUGAAUUUACUUGAAUGGAUUAAAAAUUGCAUUGUUACAGAGCUAGAAAAAUUUAUGUAUGAAAAAUGAUAAUAGCCUUACACUGAGUACAGAUAAUACUUAAGCAUGUGAAGAUGUGAUCAUUUGUGAUGUUACUUGUAAAAAAAAAGUAUAUAUACAUAUCUUUUGAAGUGUUGAGAGGAAAAUAGUACUUUAUAUUCUUUAUCAUAUCACUUUUUUAAGUGUUGAAUAUAUUCCUGUUUAUUUUUCUAUGUUCUGUUUUGUAGCCUUAAGAAGUGUUUCAAACAUCUGAAUGUAUAAAAUAAGAGUAAAUGCCCUACAUGGUGUGAUGCUGCAUUAUAUAUAAAACCGUGUGCAUACAUUAAAUUUUGUCUCUUGA